AUGUACAACCGCGGAGCACCCAAGCAGCUCACUGCCAAUCGCGCGUCGUCCAGCACGCGCUGCCAGAAAUGCCUCAAGACCGGCCACUUCACCUACGAAUGCACCGGUUCGCGACCGUACGUCGCCCGUCCGUCGCGCACGAAACAGCUGCGUACCGGUGCUGGCCUCCCCGCAGGAGGGGGUAGGGACAAGCCCUCAGUCGAACUGCCGGAGGAGUUCCGAUCCCGUGACGGUCUGGCGGACCGUAUCCUGAAGGCGAAGGAAGAGGAGCGUGCCCGCCUGCGCGCACAGGAAGAGCGUGAGGCGCGGCGGGCAGCCAGGCGGGCCAAGCGGAGACACAGUAGCCCCAGCGACAGCGACAGCGACAGCGACGACGAACCCCGCCGACGAAGGAGGCGGUAUACUUCGGGGAGCGAGGAGCGUGGGCGCUCCGUGUCACGUACGCCUUCCAUUCGUCAUCGCUCGCCGGAACCGACCCGCGGGAGAGAGGAACGCACACCGCGCGGAAAGUAUCCGUCCGACGAUGAGGGCGAGAGAAGGCGAUCCUCGGGCGAUGAGGGUCCAAGCCGGCGUGAUGACUCGCUGUCUCGGCGUCGGCGACGUGACUCUGUGUCGAUGUCGCCGGGGCGCGGACGCGACUCGCGCUCGCCUCCUCUUCGCCGUCGUGACUCGCCGUCUCCGUCACCCCGCCGCCACGACUCGCGCUCACCUCCCCCUCGUCGGAGGUACUCUGAUUCGCUCUCGCCCUCACCUCCCCCUCGUCGGAGGUACUCUGGUUCGCCCUCACCCUUACCAUCCGCACGCGAUCCUCGCGACUAG